UUCGAGCUACAGUUGCUCUUCAACGCUAACAAAAUCAGUGUUUACCGCAAGAUGCGACUGCUAUUUUUGCUACUCUGCUGCACCGUAGCUUUUAGCUGCUGCAAAGCUGUUGAAAAAAAGGAAACCAACGACGUAUAUUAUUCAUUAUGGGAGACACAGAAAUUUUUACUCGAAAUCGUGUGGCAUGUACAGGAGCCAGUGGCACUGCCUGAGUGCCAGGAUGUUGAAUUUGUCAAUGAUGCCGCGCAAUAUACGAAAUUCGACAGUGACAUGCAACGCUUUGUUCAGGAUGUGCAACACCAACGCUUACUGCCACGGAAUGACUUCUUCAGCGCGGUUGUGCGCACGCAUCACAAGCAAGUGUUGGGCUUAUACAAAUUACUGGCAUACGCCAUAGACUGGACCCUUUUCAAGCAGAAUGUAUGCUGGGCCCGUACGCACAUCAAUCCUGGCAUGUUCGUUUAUGCACUCAACUUGGCGAUAAGACGUCGUAAAGAUUGCGAAAUGUUUGAGUUGCCACCAAUCUACGAAAUAUUUCCGCAACAUUUCUUCAAUAGUGAAGUGAUACACAGGGCUAUGACUGUCAGUAAACAGAAAAUGGAAAUGGCACAAAAGCAAACGCAUGCGAAUAACGGUACGGUAAGCGAAAGAAGCUUACACGAUUGGCAAACCUGGCAGUGGUGGAAGUUAAUGGGCUUAAGCGAUCAGCAUUGGUAUCUCGAUACAGAAGGCAGCGUUGCAAAGCGCGACGGUCUCACGAAAUAUUGGACACCUGUGGAUUAUACACGCGAUGUGUAUAUUUUGAAUGAUGAAACACGUUUAUCAUACUUGCUAGAAGAUGUGGACUGGAAUGCAAAUUGGUAUGAAUUCAAUCUCAACUAUCCGCCAUUUCUCGAGGACGAGGAAUUAGGCGUGCAUCAUCACAAACGCAGCGCUGAACGCUGGAUCUACGAAGUGCGCACGAUAAUGACACGCUAUAACUUGGAACGCCUAUCGCAGGGCAUGAAGCCCAUCGCGGAUAUGAAACUGUCACAAACCAUAGCCACGGGUUAUAAUCCACAACUUGUCAGCUGGAAUGGUCAGACUUUCUGGCAACGCUAUAAUAAUUACGAAUAUGCUGAUUAUGGGUUUCCGGCAACGAUCGAUGAGAUUUUUAAAGUCACAAAUGGAAUAUAUGAAUUAGCCGAUACUGGCGUAUAUCGGUGGGAAAAUGGCACAUUGCAUGAUUUGCAUCAGCUUGAGGCGCAACAAGAUUUCUUUAAUAUUUUACAUGGUAAUGUGAAUGCUUUGACGCCGUACAACCAACAAACCUAUUGGUUCUACUCCUUCAUGUAUCUUGCGCAAAUAGAGUAUGAGCAAUUCUAUAAAGUGGGUCCACAUGUUUUGGCGAAUUUCGAGACGGCGUUACGUGAUCCGCUCUUUUACUCGCUAAUGCAACACAAAGUUUUGGAUAUGUGGAAUCGCUAUAUGCGUAAUUUGCCUGCAUACACGCGACAGGACUUGCUAGCUGUUGGUAUUGAGGUGAAGUCGGCUGCGAUUUCACCGCUGAAGACUUAUUUCGAUUACGCUGAUAUUGAUUUGAGCAAUUUGUUGUUGGACAAAGUCAGUCCAUUUGAUAAUCGUAAAGGUAUUUAUGCGCGUCAGCAGCGGUUCCAACACAAGCCUUUCAAUUACACGUUGCAUAUACAAGCGGAUGGUCCAGCUACAGUCAGAAUACAAACCUUUUUAGCACCAAAAUACGACGAACACGGCGCGCUGCUGUCGCUCUCGAAGAAUCGCGAAAAUUUCCUAGAAAUCAACCGUGUCAUUGCGAAAAUAAAAGCUGGUCUAAACAUUGUCGAGCUGAUUUCGUUUGACUAUUUUGUGUCUACUAAACGCAUGACCUACAGCGAAAUGUGUGAUAUUGUCGACGCAGCGAUGUCCGAGCGUUUAGAGAUUCCAAAGAGUAUGAGACAAACAUCAGAACGUUUCAAUUUACCAAGAGGUAACAAGCAAGGCUUUCCAGUACAGUUGGUCUUUGUUGUUAGAUCGGCUGACGAAGAACAGGCUUACGGUUUUCCUUUUGAUCGGCAAAUCGAGCACGAAUAUGCUUUUCACGUGCCUAAUGUGUUUUUCAUGGAUACUAUGAUCUAUCAUGUGGAUCAUAAUGAAAAUAUUGAAGAAUAUGUUAAGGGCUACGCGAACUUUGGCCAAUUCGAUGAAAACUACUGGAAGAUUAAGUGAUUUAUUUGAGUCUUUAUAAUACUGCAAUGAUAUAACACUACAAUAAAAAAUAAUUAAGGACUGUAACUGAUUUAGUAACUUGUAUCCGAGCAUUACUCAUAAUAGUAUUCUUUACGUUAGCAUUCGCUCCUCAGUAGAUAGCGACAAACUACGGACUUUAUUAAGUAGGUCUCUCUACACGUCAUCACCCAAACAUCCAGCAGAUAUGCAAGUUAUUUCUGUUAAAGUAAGUAGACGCAAUAAACCAUAUCCUUGUAUGGUCUGUUGUGUAUCAUAGGGUUACACUCUCAACGAAUUUGAGGAUUAAUUCUUUAUAUCUAUUAACUUCAGGACCAAAUUUUUCUAAGGGUUCUAAUAGGUAUCCCAAAUUUCUUAAACUCCUCUUAAAUUCAAACAUUUAAUAGUAUUUAUAGAGGCAUCUUCUAAGAAUCUCCAACAAAUUUAGUAUGUAGCAUCAGUUAGUAUGAUUCUCAGGACACUGUAGCCGUUCUGGUGCAUAAGGUAUAGGGUUAAUAGCCUCAGAAAGAAUUAAUAUAUAUCUAGUGCUAUGGAAGUAACAUACCUCCAGCGAUCAUUAUACAACUGUUAUAGCUGCAGUACCACAGACUUCCAGCAUAAUCUAUAGUCCAUAUUACUAAAUGGAAUAAUCAAACACUAAAACACUCUCUCUGUUAUAACCUUUUACGCCUGCAGAAUCUAUUUAAACUUAUAAAAUAAUAGAGAAAUUUUAUAUAUUGUAACUGAUUUAAAAAUGGCUGCAGUUAUAAGGUUCUUAAUACAAAAGAAAGAUCGGGGUCAGACCAAGUAUGAGCAGUACCAAUGUUUAAAAAAUGAAUUAUUGAAUUUAAAUGGACUCCGAAAUAAUUUUCAAUAAGGUCUCUUUCUGUACAUAAAUUCGUCUAUGUUUUUUGUUUUUAUGACAAUUUUCUUUUUUUGAUUGUUCUUUACUGAGAUUUUCAAGGUUAAUUACUAGUUAAGAUUUCUCUCAUAUUUUUGUCUGGGUUCGAUUUCUAGGCGAUAUUUUUACAGUGCAAUAAAUUAUUCGCUCGACCUGCUAAUCUUGGUCGAGGUUUUGCU